GAGACCGAGGCGCUACAGAAAAGCCAUACCUUAAGCGCACAUGUUGUGGAGUGUCUCUAUCACUGUCGAUUCCAGUUACCGCUCACUCCAUCUGUACUGGCCAAACUGGGCCGACAAGAAUUGCCAUCGACCAAUGAAAUCGCAGCAUUGGAAUCCUCGACCAAUAGAGAUACAGCAUCGGAAGACUCAACCAAUCAGAAGACGGUCGACGCAAGCCCCGGGCCGCUUCCCUCGACCAAUGAAAACACGUCUAUUUCGGAAACCAAUGAAAGCGCUCCAAACGGCGUGCGUGGUCCGGUGCAUGUGCGUGUCGUGUGGCUAGAUGGUAUGACACUGUUAGUGAGCGAUGAGGUGGAGAGGAGUGUCGUACUCGAACACGAAGAACCACACAUGCAGGAGGAUAGGAGAGUAGACACUCAUACACGUCCCUUGCACGAUACACAUAUACAACAAGCCGAGAGAAAGACGCACGUGAAUGGUGUUUGUGCGGAUAUAAGGGGGCAGACAUGCAUGGAGAGACGUAGGUUACUGCCAGAUAAACAGAUACGGGCACACAUCCAGGGUAGUCACACGCACGCGGAGGCUCACCGACGCACCGAUAGUAUGCCUGCGAGUACGGAUACACCCACCCACACACAUGACAGUCAUAUUAAUACACCCACACAUACACAUAACAGUCAUACUAACACGGAUGCAGAGACAAGCGCCCAUAGUAGUCACUUACACACGGGUCACCCCAUACACCCUGCCAGCCCUGGCUGUAGCCAAGCGGACGGUGUCGGUGGAGCCACAUCAGCGUACAGAGUAUAUCCUGGGGCUGUGGUGUUGGACGUGGCGAAGGAGCUGGAUGAACACACUGAGACGGUUCGUAUUGGCCCGUGCACGGAUGUCUCUACUACUACGAAUGUGCAGGAUACCUGCACGGAUGGCUCUACUAUCACGAGCGUGCAGGACACGUCUAUGAAAGGGGUAGACAGCACUUGUUCACAGGAGAAUGCGUAUGCGGAGAUGUCUGCUGAUACCCGUGUCGAGUGGCGUACACACUGUAAACGGGAGUAUACUAGCGCAAGUACCGGUGGUAAGUGUAGAGAGAGGGUUAUAAACACCUGCCAGGGCUUGCGUCUGUUGAAGGCUCUACGGUUGGUGCCUCAGAUGGCCGUUGCCGGGUGUGUAGAUUGCGAGUCUGGGUCUAUCUCAUUGAGAGUGUGUGCCAGUGCUUAUGUACCAGGUAUGUGUGCUGGGGCUGGGGCGGAGGGUAUUGGUUAUGGGCUUUGGUGUGAGCGUUUCUAUCACAGAUGA